ACCCCUCCCCCUCAAAAAUCACCCAAUCACCAGUAUCACUAAAACUAACCACCACUUCUACCGCCUCAUCCAAACUUAAAACCCAUAAAACUAAUACCACCUCCAUUAUCAACCCUACUAAAAGACCCCCUAAAACCUCAAACCCCGAACCCCAUGUCUCAGGAUACUCUUCAAUAGCCAUUGCAGUAGUAUAACCAAAAACAACCAUCAUACCCCCCAGAUAAACUAAAAACAUCAUCAAACCCAUAUAAGCCCCCCCACAACUUAAAACAAUCACACAACCAAUCACACCACUAACAAUUAACGCCAGACCCCCAUAAAUAGGAGAAGGCUUAGAAGAAAACCCCACAAACCCCAUAACUAAUAAAACACUCAAUGCAAACAAAAUAUACGUCAUUGCUUUCACAUGGACUCCAACCAUGACUAAUGGUACGAAAAACCAUCGUUGUAUUUCAACUAUAAAAGCACCAAUGACUCCAAUACGCAAAUCCAACCCAAUCCUAAAAAUAAUUAAUCGCUCCCUCAUCGAUUUACCCGCCCCACCCAACCUCUCCAUAUGGUGAAACUUUGGCUCACUUCUUGCAGCCUGCCUAAUUUUACAAAUCAUCACAGGCCUACUCCUAGCAAUACACUACUCACCAGACACCUCCUCCGCCUUCUCCUCAAUUGCACAUAUCACCCGAGAUGUAAAGUACGGCUGAAUCACUCGCUACCUCCACGCCAAUGGUGCCUCUAUACUCUUCAUUUGCCUUUUCCUACACAUCGGUCGGGGCCUUUACUACGGCUCAUACCUCCUCCUAGAAACCUGAAACAUUGGUAUUAUACUCCUUCUUAUAACUAUAACAACGGCUUUCAUGGGUUAUGUUCUCCCAUGAGGCCAAAUAUCAUUCUGGGGAGCAACAGUAAUCACAAACCUGCUAUCAGCAAUCCCGUAUAUCGGAACCAAUCUCGUCCAAUGAAUCUGAGGAGGAUACGCCAUCGACAGCCCUACUCUCACACGAUUCUUCACCUUACACUUUAUCCUACCCUUCAUCAUCAUCGCCCUCACAACCGUGCACCUACUAUUCCUGCACGAAACAGGAUCAAACAACCCUUGCGGAAUCUCCUCCGACUCAGACAAAAUCGCCUUCCACCCCUACUACACAACCAAAGACAUCCUGGGCCUAGUCCUCCUUCUCUUCAUCCUAGCAACACUAACACUACUCUCACCCAACCUCCUAAACGACCCAGACAACUACAUUCCAGCCGACCCAUUAAACACUCCCCCACAUAUCAAACCAGAGUGAUACUUCCUAUUUGCAUACACAAUCCUACGAUCCAUCCCCAACAAACUGGGAGGCGUACUAGCACUCUUUCUAUCGAUCCUCAUUCUAGCAGCCAUCCCUAUACUUCACAAAUCCAAACAACAAAGCAUAAUAUUCCGCCCACUCAGCCAAUUUCUAUUCUGACUCCUAAUCACAAUCCUAUUGACCCUUACCUGAAUUGGAAGCGAACCAGUAGUCCAACCCCUUACCACUAUCGGCCAAGUAGCAUCCAUAAUAUACUUCAUCACAAUUCUAAUCCUAAUACCACUGGCCUCCCUAAUCGAAAACAACCUACUCAAGUGAACUUGCCCUCGUAGUAUAAAUUAGUACACUGGCCUUGUAAACCAGAAAUGAACACUCUUCCUAGGGCAGUCAGAAAGAAAGUACCUAACUCCACCACCAACACCCAAAGCUGGCAUUCUAAUUUAAACUACUUUCUGCAUUCUUAUAUUGCAUAAGCUUCAUAAAUAACUCUAGCACCAAUCCACCCAUAAUACUACUAUGUAAUUCGUGCAUUACUGCUAGCCAACAUGUAUAAUAUAUAGUACUAUAUAUGCUUAACUGUACAUAACACAUAUUAUUACAUACCAACUUGACAUUCCAAACAGCAUGCUUACAAGCAAGUAUCCUAAUACAAACCUCAACAGUAACACAUAACAUGGUUCCCUCGGACUUAACUUGUCCCCCCUCAUGAAUAUCAACUAAACCAGUCCUUGCCAGUCGUCCAUAGUACAUUAAAUCGUUCAUCGGACAUAGCACAUAUCUAUUAAAUAACCCUCCUCACCACGGAUGCUCCCCUUCACUUAGGAAUCCCUUACUCACCAUCCUCCGUGAAAUCAAUAUCCCGCACAAGAGUGCUACUCUCCUCGCUCCGGGCCCAUAACUCGUGGGGGUAGCUAUACCUGAACUGUAUCCGGCAUCUGGUUCUUACCUCAGGGCCAUAACAAUCAAGAUCGCCCACACGUUCCCCUUAAAUAAGACAUCUCGAUGGAUCACGGGUCUAUCACCCUAUUAACCAGUCACGGGAGAUUUCCAUGCAUUUGGUAUCUUUUAUCUCUGGUCUGCACGCAACCCCAUUGCAGAAUGCUGACUCCCACCACAUCCCGUCCUGUAUGCGCCUGUCUUUGAUUCCUAGUACAUGCAGUUGUUGAUCGCACCUACGUUCAAUAUUCUAGCUCCACACAAACCUUAGCAAGGUGUUAUUUAAU